GUUUUUCAAAAGAGGUGCAAUUUUGCGAAACCAUUUCCCCUUCGAGACGGCUUGUUGCAUUAGCCGCAUAUUCUUCAAAUCUGCACGUCAUGCUGACAACUGAUACGCACCUAUCAAGAUUGAAGCCCUCAGAAACGUCUCCAGAAGUGACUAAGCGGCCUUGGAAUGAGUCGAAAUGAGUUCGCUGUGCAGUUAUUUCUCAAAAACUAUUUUGAUUUCCGGGACAACACCCGAGAUUACGGAUCAAAUCCGACCCUGCUCAUUAAAUCUAUCACAUGCAAAUCUCGGCAUGUUCGAUGCGACACGGCACAACCAAGAUGUACGCCUUGUCAAAAGAGCUCCCGGCAAUGCCAAUACUCCUCAAUUCCAGAACCAGACCCCCUAAAAAUCGUCCUCUGGCAACCCAACAUCCUGGUUCCCCACCACAUCUCUCCAACCCCUUGUCAUACCGGUGCUGAAGUCCGAGCAUUCGACUUCUUCCGUACAAAGGUCGCCAUUGAUCUCAGCGGCUUCUUCGAUUCGAGUUUCUGGACUCAUGUUAUCUUGCAAGUUGCACAGGAAGAAGACCCUGUUCGGCAUGCCAUUGUGGCGUUGGCUUCUCUGUCGGAAACGAUACUUGAUAAGUCUCCCGAAAGCCUGGAAAGGCGUCCCAAAGCCUUCGCUAUCAGACAACACACCAAAGCAAUCUCGGAUUUGAACCAGAAAAUACAAGAAGGAAACGAAUCCUCUGUAGAGGUUGUGCUCAUGACUUGCGCCCUCUUUGUCUGCUUCGAGAUGUUUCAAAACAAUUAUGAAGCUGCAUUAAACCAUAUGUCAAGCGGGAUAUAUGUCUUGUUCAACUGGAUUUCGAAGGGCGAUUGUUCGAACCGACAUUCGAGAGAGAUGGCCGUCCAGCUUGAACGCGUAUUUGGGAGGCUGAUGUUGCAGACUCUCUUAUUCGUCCACACGAAGCCCGGCGAAUGGAAAUUUGUCAAGCCAGCCUUCACUCCUGCACUUCCAUCGAUCCCCUCGGUCCUCAGAUCUGUCGACGAGGCAAGAGAUUGUCUGGACAGCUGCAUGUGCUCUCUCUACCACGGGAUGUUGACCUCUCAGCUCCAAGCCCUAGGAGACACCGACUUGGACACUGGUCCCGCUUCCCAGCUCAGCGCCAAUCUUCUUGGCACCUGGUCGCGGUCCUUCAGAGCGUUCAUAACAGAGCAUAAUGGGAAACUCUCCACAAGAGAGCAAAAAGUGGCAAUCUUCCUCGAAAUCCAACAUAUCACAGCUACUAUCCUAGCAUCCGCAGGUCCCUCCAGCCAAGAAAUGAUCUUCGAUUCCUUCGAGGUAGCUUUUUCUCAGAUAAAUGCUCUCGAAUCUCGCCUCUUGAUCAGCAGUACCUCUGGGCAUUCCCUAAAAGUUGAGUAGUCGCUAAUCCCAGCAUUUGAUAUGGGCAUUCUGCCGCAUCUUUACUUUGUCUCUUCAAGGUGUCGGCAUCCUUUGCUUCGACGACAGGUGCUUCGUUUGCUUUGCCAAGGGUCGAGACAAGAGGGUAUUUGGCACAGGGACAUGCUGGCGAGUAUUGCGGAGCGCAUUAUAGAUAUGGAGGAGAGAAAUUG